UACUCUUUUAACGUUUUCAUAUUCUGUUUGGUGGUUUAUUACCCCGUUGUUUGGCUGCCGAGAAGAAACUGAAAGCUGACAUUCCAAUGGUUUAAUCUUCAUUCAAGUUUCGACUUGCUAAGCUGAUUAUUCAAUUAGCUUACCUGAAAUUUUUUUGCUAUUCUAGUCUAUACCUUCCGAUUAUCUAGUUGUGGACCUACUGAUUAUUCGUGCGCAUUUUGCUCCUGCUUUUUUCUUUUUUUUAUCGACAAAUCGCUCAAACCCUUCUUUUACUGUUACCCAUAUUUGCGUUGAUUUUAUGUCGCCAGAGGACAUGUGACAGCUUUUGACAAUCCAAACCAUCUGGAAGGUUUUUGACUAACAAAGAACAAGUCAUAUUAUUUUCCUCAGUGGAAAAAAGAAUGAGUACCGGGGGAGAAAAGGGAUCAACAACCACAAAAACGCCAGCCGAUUUCCUCAAAUCAAUUCGAGGGCGACCUGUUGUAGUUAAGCUCAAUUCUGGAGUUGAUUACAGAGGUAUUCUAGCUUGCCUGGAUGGCUAUAUGAAUAUAGCCAUGGAACAAACAGAAGAGUACGUAAAUGGACAAUUAAAAAACAAGUAUGGCGAUGCUUUCAUUCGAGGAAAUAAUGUUCUGUACAUCAGUACAUCAAAGAGGACGCUUGCAGAUGGUGCAUAGUUACGAGGAACAAGGACUACAGGAAAAAACUGCUUUGAGUAUUGGUAUCAUUUGCCGCUCUUUAAAUUGGAUUAGAAAUUAUGCCGUUGAAUUUUGUUCCUUUGUGGGAGGUGAAAAAAGACACAGUAAUUGAACUGUACGGACAUUUUGUUUAAUUUGCAUUGAUGCGUUUCUACUUA